CAUUCCCGUCCACAUGUACAGUCACCAUAUGAGAUAUGCGAUGUGUGCCCCGUAUGGUUGGGGUGGCUACAUCGUGCACUGGCAGCUGUUGAUGCCGAUUGAUUUUGCUGCUGCUGCUUUUGUUUCACUUCAUCUGCUCGCUUGUUGUCACCUCCUCAACGGCCCCUACACCCUCCCUUUCUCACACUCGGAUCAUGGUUCUACUUGACCGACUUGUAACUCUACUCGAUUCCGGAUCGACUGCCCUGGUUCGGAAUACGGCCGCCGUUCAGCUCGCAGAUAUCCAGAAGGCCCACCCUGACGAACUCUUCAAUCUUCUUAACCGUGUCGUCCCCCACCUAAGAUCGAAAACAUGGGAGACCCGUGUAGCUGCUACAAAGGCGAUCGCGGGGAUCGUGGACAACGCGGAGAGGUGGGACCCUAACGUGGGCGAAGAAUACGUCAACUACAGCGCUAAGAACGAAAUAAAGAACGAAAUCAAAGAGGAGGAUGAGGAGGAGGAUACGGCCGACGGAACGGAGAAUGGGAACGGGUUGGACGACGGCGUGCUGAGCUUUGAAACUCUGGAUCUGACCGCGGUGCUCAAGUACGGAAAGACCUUACUAGGCAGCUCGGGGAGGGAGUACGAUUUCUCUCUGGCGGACCUGGACCCUGCCGAGAGGCUGGCGGCACAGAAACGUAACGUCACGGCUCGAUUGGGCCUGGGCGGGGAAUACAUGGAUGAUGAGAUUGUCACCGAGAAGGACUUUGCUGCAGGCGGGUCCAAUCCGAUGCCGACUUCUCGGAUAGAUACGUCGGUGGGUCACUUUAUUCGGCCGCCAUUGCAGUCCCCAUCCGUCAAAACCCCCAUGUCACCAAUGGAAGCGCAUCCCCAGACUCCAACCGACGAGUGCACGACACUCAGCAAGAGGCAGAUCAACGCCUUGAAACGAAAAGCAAAGGCAAAUGCCAAAAACCACGCCAAUAAGGUGCGUGUGGUGGAUCUGGGCAGCUCGCGGCGCAUGAGUUCGGAUGUCAGCGCAAUGGUGAACGAGGCGACACCUCACCCGGUGAAGAAGGCCGAGAAUGGCGUCACUCCGCAGGAUUACUUCUCGUUGGGCUCCGAUGCCCUGCCCGACGAUACAAAGAUCGCGGUGGAAUACAAGGGACCAGCACAGCCCCCAUCACCGCUGAUCCAAACCUCCGGGGAAGACAUGGAUUGGCCAUUCGAGCGGUUGUGCGAAAUCUUGAUGGUCGACCUGUUUGAUCCUAAUUGGGAAAUACGCCACGGUGCUGCUAUGGGGUUGAGGGAAGUUGUUAGGGCUCACGGAGCGGGCGCUGGAAGGGCGCGUGGAAGAAACCGGAAGGAAAACGAUGUGCUCAACGAGAAAUGGCUGGACGACCUUGCAUGUCGGUUAACAUGCAUCUUCAUGCUCGACCGUUUCGGCGACUAUGUUUCCGACAACGUGGUCGCACCGAUACGCGAGACCACCUCUCAGACUAUGGGUGCGCUCUUGAAGCAUCUCUCGCCCGGAUCCGUCCACAAGGUUUACCGUAACCUGUAUCGGUUGGUCAUGCAGGAGGACCUGGGCAUCUCGAAGCCCAUCUGGCAGGUGUGCCACGGUGGUAUGCUUGGUCUCAAAUACCUCAGCGCAGUCCGGACGGAUAUUCUUACCAAAAACGCCGAGCUGUUGGACGGCGUGGUUCAGGCGGUCAUGCGCGGCUUGGCGGAUCUGGACGACGAUGUGAGAGCUGUCAGUGCUGCUACUCUGAUACCCAUAGCAGCUGAAUUCAUCUCCUUGCGUCCUCAAGCCGUCGAUGGGUUGAUCAAUGUUGUCUGGGAGUGCUUGUCACACCUCAAGGACGACUUGAGUGCGAGUACAGGGUCGGUUAUGGACUUACUUGCCAAGCUCUGCUCGUUUCCGGAAGUGCUGGAAGCCAUGAGACACAAGGCUUCGACGGAUCCAUCGCAAUCAUUUGCGCUCUUGGUUCCCAGACUCUACCCGUUCCUGCGUCACACCAUCACCAGUGUCCGUUCGGCAGUUCUGCGAGCACUGUUGACAUUCUUGAACGUCCAGGGAGAUGGCACCAAGGGCUGGGUGGAUGGAAAAGCUUUGCGACUUGUCUUCCAGAAUCUGCUUGUUGAGAGGAACGAAGCGGUGUUGUCGCUGUCGUUGCAGGUCUGGGCGGCAUUGAUCACGGAGCUUGCCAGAGACAAUCCCGCUCGUCUUGCUCACGAAUUUGGACCUCAUCUGGAUCCACUCCUGAAGCUGUUGACCACUCCUAUCGGUGUUUCUCGUCACCCGUAUCCCCUCGAUCCCUCCCUCUUCAUCCGGCCAUCGGGUCAGAUACUGGUGCUUCCCGGCAUCGCGGUUCCGGCCCGAGUCGUUUCGCCGACCCAAGCACCCCCAGGCCAGGAGCCCGAGCGAAAGCGGCGGCGAAAGAGUGAGAAGAAGGAGGAACCAGUGGCAGCUGGACACAACGUUGAUGGUCAUAUGAUUCAGGGAGACAUCGAUCUGGUCGGUUACGAGACGAUCGUCAAGACAAAGAUCGCUGGUGCGACGGCAAUGGGUCUGGCAAUGAGUCUGUGGCCCGAGGACGAAGCGUUGGAUACGUUCAAGCCCAGAAUAACCCACCACCUCAAAUCGCCAUAUGCCUCGACUCAGCUGGUUGCUGCCAUGACUGUCGAGGAGUAUGCGAAGGAAUGCAAGCCCGCGAGUCCGCUCAAGACCGUCUUCCUGGAGGCCCUCCUCGAUGUUCUCAAUGCGGAUCGCCCGGCAUUCUAUUGGGACCUCGUUUCCUACAUGCAGAUCGUCCGCUCGCAAUGCCAAGCGUUGCUUAACUCUUUCAAGUCCGACGGAAAGGUGGCGGCAUCCAAGAUACCAAACAUAGCAGUUGUGGUGCAAGGAGAUCCCGACGCCGGCCCCGAUGCGUUCAGCAUCGAGAAAGCUGAAAAGAUUGUCAACGACGAUUUCACUCGCCUUAAAAAGGGCAUGAUGUCGGCUCAAAAGCUGCUGUCAUCACAGGUACUUACCGACGCACGUACGAAUGCGAUGCAUGCAAUCGAGGAAGCCAAAUCGGCCAAAGCCCAGCGAGAUGCUCGGAUUCUUGCGGCGGCGGCUGGUGCUUACAUUGCUUCCGGAGAACUCCCGAAGAAACUUAACACUAUCGUCCGCGGAGUCAUCGAGAGCGUCAAGAUGGAAGAGAAUGUUGACCUCCAGAGACGGUCGGCCCUUUCAGUUGCAUCCCUGGUCGGUCUAUGCUCCGGAACGGGCCGCAACAUUGUGUCGGACAAGGUUACCAAGAAUCUCAUCUCGUUCCUUUGCGUCGACACUUCCGAAGUUCCGAUCUUCCAUGUCAACUCGACUUUCACGGACAACAUCCUGUCGCUGAGGAAGGAAGAGGACCGCCGAGAGCACGCGGAUCAGGCAGCAUUCGAGAAAGAGGCUCGAGAAGCAAGAAUCAAGCGACGCGGAGCGAAAGAGGCUCUCGAGCAAUUAGCCAAGACGUUUGGAGCCGACCUUUUUGCUGGCGUACCCAAAAUCCGGGCUUGCAUUGAGGAUCCGCUGCACACUGCUUUCGAUGGCGCUCUACCAGCCAACAUCACGGAUCCAGGCGUCUCCCUUGGGCAGGAGGUUGUGGAUGGACUUUCAACUCUGCGUGCAUUGCUGCCAAAGUUCCAUGGCGAUCUGCACUCGGCCAUCAUCAAGCUUUUCCCGUUGAUCAUUGGUGCCCUUCAGUCCACGUUCUCGGUCCUUCGAUACGCGGCUGCCAAAUGCUUUGCGACGAUUUGCAGUGUCAUCACGGUGGAGGGAAUGACUGCACUGGUCGAGAACAUUCUGCCCAUGAUUGGAAAUGCCGUUGAUUUGCACUGCCGCCAGGGUGCAGUUGAGUGUGUAUAUCAUCUGAUCCACGUGAUGGAGGAGGAUAUCCUUCCUUACGUGGUAUUUUUGAUCGUGCCGAUCCUUGGACGUAUGAGCGAUUCGGACAAUGACAUUCGACUAAUUGCCACCACCACGUUUGCAACGCUGGUCAAGCUGGUUCCGCUCGAGGCCGGUAUCCCCGAUCCACCUGGACUCUCGGCGGAGCUGCUGAAGGGCAGGGACCGUGAGCGCAAGUUCAUCGCGCAGAUGCUCGAUGUGCACAAGGUUGAGCCGUUCGAGCUCCCCGUGACGAUCAAAGCGGAUCUCCGUUCCUACCAGCAAGAAGGUGUCAACUGGCUGGCUUUCCUCAACAAAUACCAUCUACACGGUAUUCUCUGCGACGAUAUGGGUCUCGGAAAGACAUUACAGACUAUCUGCAUCGUCUCUAGCGAUCACCACUUGCGUGCCGAGGAAUUCAAGAAGACAGGAUCCCCAGAGCACCGCCGGCUGCCUUCGUUGAUCAUAUGCCCACCUACCUUGUCGGGACAUUGGCUGCAGGAGAUCAAUCAAUACGCUCCCUUCUUGACGGCCACCUGCUAUGUUGGGAAUCCAGCCGAGCGUGCGCGUGUGAAGAGUCUACUUGGCCAGACGGAUGUCGUGAUCACGUCUUACGAUAUCUGCAGGAACGACAUUGAGCAGAUAGCCAAGCUCAACUGGAACUACUGCGUUCUCGACGAGGGCCACAUCAUCAAAAACUCCAAAGCGAAACUCACCCAGGCUGUCAAGCGAGUUGUCGCAAACCAUCGCCUCAUCCUGUCCGGCACACCGAUCCAGAACAAUGUGCUCGAGCUCUGGUCGCUGUUUGAUUUCCUCAUGCCCGGUUUCCUCGGCACCGAGAAGGUCUUCCUGGAUCGAUUCGCUAAGCCUAUCGCUGCGAGUCGUAACAGCAAAAGCAAUUCCAAGGAGCAGGAAGCCGGUGCGCUGGCGAUCGAAGCCCUUCACAAACAGGUAUUGCCGUUCCUUCUACGACGGCUGAAGGAAGAGGUGCUGGACGAUCUACCCCCCAAGAUUAUUCAAAAUUACUACUGCGAUCUCAGCGAGUUACAGAAGAGGUUGUACGACGAUUUUGCCAAGAAACAGGCAAAGACAAUCGGCGAAGUCGUCGGCGAAGGCGACAAACAGGCCAAGCAGCACAUCUUCCAAGCUUUACAAUACAUGCGCAAACUCUGCAACUCACCUUCACUGGUCGUCAAUGAAAAGCAUCCGCAAUACGAAUCGGUCACCCGUCAACUAGUAAAAGAGAAGUCGUCGUUACGUGAUAUUGUCCAUGCACCGAAACUGGGCGCCCUCCGAGAUCUUCUGGUGGAUUGCGGUAUUGGCGUUGACUCCACCACUCAGGCUGGAGAACUACCCACAGGCGGCAAUGCCAUCAGUCAGCACCGAGCAUUGAUCUUCUGCCAACUCAAGGAGAUGUGCGACAUCGUCGAGAACGAUGUCUUCAGGAAACUACUCCCGUCGUUGACGUACAUGCGGAUGGACGGUAGCACCGAUGCCCGGAAGCGCCAGGACCUCGUCACCAAGUUCAAUGGAGACCCUUCGAUCGACGUUCUUCUCUUGACGACCCAUGUCGGUGGUCUAGGCCUUAACUUGACUGGUGCCGAUACCGUGAUCUUUGUGGAACACGAUUGGAACCCUCAGAAGGAUAUGCAAGCCAUGGACCGCGCCCAUCGAAUCGGACAGAAGAAGGUGGUCAAUGUCUAUCGUCUCAUCACUCGGGGGACGUUGGAGGAGAAGAUCAUGAGCCUCCAACGCUUCAAGCUAGACGUAGCCUCGACGGUCGUGAACCAACAGAACGCCGGUCUCGCAACCAUGGAGACGGACCAAAUUCUGGACCUGUUCAACGUUGGCGACACGAUCGCAGCGCCGAAGCCCGGCAACGAGGAAGAGAUGGUUGAUGCCACCACGGGUGAAGUCAGACAGAAGGGUGCCAAGGGACCUCUCGACGAUAUUGGCGAAUUGUGGGAUGAAAGUCAGUACACUGAUGAGUACGAUCUCAACAACUUCAUCGCCAGUCUUCGCGAGUAGUAGAGUGAACGAUGGGGCGUGUUUUUUUCCUCUCUCUUUCUGUUCGCUGUUCGAUUCUCUUGUAUAGGCCCUUUUUAAACAUCACUUCUUUCUUUCUUUCCUGUUCUUCCUUUCCUUUCGUUUUAGCAUACGGUUCUUUUUUUCUGUUUUUUUCUUUCGUUCUUGAGGUGAUGGGUUGCUGGCUAGCUCCAUGCGUUUGUUUACUCUUUUGU